AUGGAGUCCCCGACGCCCAUCCCCACAGCCAACCGCACCUCCGUGCUAGAGUUCCUGCUUCUGGGGGUCACAGAAAAGCGAGGGCUCCAGCUCCUCCUCUUCGGGGUCCUCCUGGUCACCUACACGCUGACCUUGCUGGGGAAUCUUCUCAUCAUCGCUCUCACCUUGGCGGACCGCCGCCUGCACACCCCGAUGUACUUCUUCCUGCGCCACUUCUCGCUGCUGGAGGUGGGUUUCACCUCCACCGUGUCCCCACAGAUGCUGGCACACCUGCUGGCAGCGCGCGGGGCCAUCUCCCGCCACCGCUGCUUUGCCCAGAUGAUACUCUACUUCACCCUGGGCGCAGUGGAGACCCUGCUGCUGGCAGUGAUGUCCACUGACCGCUUUCUGGCCAUCUGCUGGCCACUGCGCUACCCAGCACUCAUGACUCCCCGCGUGUGCUCUGCCCUGGUGCUGGCCUGCUGGGUAGCCAGCCUCCUGGCCCUGCCUGGGCUGUUUGCCUGGAUGUUGUCUCUCCCUUUCUGUGGCCCACGUUUCCUCAACCACUUCUUCUGCGACAGCUCCCCUUUGCUGGAGCUGGUGUGCGCAGACACCAGGCUUCUGCAGCUGGUGGCCUUCCUGGUGGCUGUCUGCACCCUGCUCACUGCCACGUUGAUCACAACCUUAUCCUAUGGCUGCAUCAUCAGCACCAUCCUGCGCCUGCCUACACCUGGGGGUCGCAGCAAGGCCUUCUCCACCUGUUCUUCCCACAUCUUGGUGGUGUCGAUGAGCUAUGGAAGCUGCAUCAUCAUGUACCUGAACCCCACGCAGACAGGAAAGCUGGACCUCAACAAAGGAAUAGCUUUCUUCAACACCACGGUGUCUCCCCUGCUGAACCCCUUCAUCUACUGCCUCAGGAACCAACUGGUUCAUAGAGUGUGCAGGGAUUUGCUGCUCAGGGGAAGGGAGCUUUCUUCCAAGAUGUUCAGAGCAUAAGACUGCAAAGCUGUGCUCCUGGCCUAAUGCCAUUGUUAUCGAUUUGCUUAUUAGUUACUUUGUAUGUAUGUGCUGUGAAUGCUUGUGGGUUGAACACAGGGUUAUGCUCAUGCCGAGGGCAAGUGUUCCACCAAGCUGCACUCUCAGCCCUUCUUUUCUUUCUUUUUUUCUUUCUUUCUUUUUUUUUUUUUUCUUUUUUUUUUCGGAGCUGGGGACCGAACCCAGGGCCUUGCGCUUGCUAGGCAAGCGCUCUACCACUGAGCUAAAUCCC